AUGCCUGUUCCUUUUGACGAGAGUGAUUUCCAAAAGGAUGAGGUGGCUCGGCUGAUAGGCACAGCUGUGCUCCGUACAGCCAGUGGUUCCGAGCGGGUGCCCACCAACAAUAGCGCAGAGGACCUAGAAUCAACGGCUGAUUCUGAUUCGAACGAUCUGCCUGCUGAGGGAGAGACAAAGAUGAGCCGAGCAGAGUAUCUCAAGAGUCUUCCGCCUUGCACUUCACUUUACUUCCUACAGUUGGCCUCCCUGACCAGCAUUUCCAAGCGGAUGACUGUAAAACUCUACAGCCCAGAAGCAUUGCAGUCCCCAUGGGCAAGCACCGAGUUUACCAUCAAGAGCCUGAUGCUUGAAAUUGACUCAUGGUUCAUGAAUCUCCCUGCUGCAUACGAUUUCACCUCGACACAGACAUCCCAAUGCCCCAUAAGCCAGCGUAUGGGCGUUGCCUUUCUGUUUUACAGCACCAAAAUCGGAAUCACCCGACCGUGCCUCUGUCGUUUGGAUCAACCCUCCUCGGAGGAUGAAAAGACUUAUGAGUUCUGCAACAAGACUGCGGCAGAAUGUAUCGAGGCUGCAUGUCACAUGCUUACGCUAUUCCCGGAUACCCCCGACGCAGUGCUGCUAUACCGCAUGUCGCCAUGGUGGUGCACAUUACAUUAUCUGAUGCAGGCAGUUACUGUUCUCCUGCUCGAGUUGGCUUUCCGGGCCCAGCAUGUCCCCGAGAAAGCGACGAUGGUCUCCAAAGCUGCAAAGAAAGCCCUGGACUGGCUAUCGACGCUAUCCAAAACUAACAUGGCGUCAGAAAGAGCCUGGAAGCUCUGCGAUGGAUUCCUCCGCCGUUUGGCACCACACAUUGGAAUUGACGUGAAUGAUUUCCCAAGCACCGAAGAGUCAGAUCCCCUCUUCGAUAUUCCCGAUACCGCGGACUCCGCUGCAGUGGCAGAAGAGCCAGCAGCGGAUGAUGUGGCAUUUGACCCGUCCGCAACUAUUCCUGCAUCAGUGGCAGUUGAUGCGAUCUCCGCCGAGCUGGACUCAAUCGCCUGCUCUCCGAUGGACCAAUCCAACACUACUCCUCUCGCCAUGCCUGACUCCUACGACCUGGAUGCGCCGAAUCUACUCGAUCAGUUCAUCAAACAGGAGAAGGAUCUCUCGGGUCGGAGCUCAUUUGAUGAAUGUUUCCCCUAUGAUCCAACCACUGGUCAGAUCACGGGCUCUUUCUUCCCAUCCGGUCCGAAUCUGGAACUUGACCUGGGGUACUUCUGGGGUGAUCCGGUAUGUUGA